AUGUCGUGAAGCGGACCCCGGAAUCCGGCAGUGUGUCGUGAAGCGGACCCCGGAAUCCGGCAGUGUGUCGUGAAGCGGACCCGGUAGUGGAGGAGCCGGGAGCCGGUGUGUGAGGGACCGGGGCCGCAGCUUCAGGAAAGUGCCCAGGGGCGGCGGCGGCGGCGGUAAGGCCGGGCAUGGGCAACACGGAGAGCGCGGGCGCCGAGCAGCCUGACUGCGCCGAGGACGAGGAGGAGGAUGAGGAGCAGCGGCAGGACGGUGAGCGGGGCUCGGCCAAGGCCGGUUUCCCGGCGCCAGGCCCGGAUGGAGGCCCGGAGCCCGCUGAGGGAGGAGGUCCCAGCUCGGUGUCCGGCCACAGCCUCAACUGCGGGCCCAGCGCCGACGUGCUGUUCCAGCACCACCGUCUGCGGGAGGCGGCCGCCAAGGUGCGGGAUGAAGUGUCCGAGAAUGUGGUCCAACAGCACCACAGCCACCUGAUCCGCUGGCUGGAGGAGCGCCUGGCCCGCGGGGAGGAGACCAUCAGGAUGGCCCAGUUCUGUGACCUACUCGCCACCAGGUUCGCCAUCAAGGAGGAGUGUGAGGAGGCAUUUGCUCAGUUCGAUGCAGAAGGAGAUGGCACAGUUGCCGUGGAGAACAUGUUGGAGUCAUUGAAAACUUCUGGUGGUGCCAAUCUGCAGGGUGAAUUAAGUCAUGUGAUUCGGCAACUACAGGGGUGCUCCCUCACUCCAGGGUUUGUUGACAUCUUUUCAAAAAACAAGGAACGCAUGGGUGUUCAUGCUGCAAAAAUCUUGCGUUUCCUCCACAGGAACCGAAUUCCAAGUAGUGCAAUUCCAUUCCCCAUGAUGGAUAGUUAUAACAACAUAUGUGCCAUGCGUUCUUCUGUUUUGAAAGAUUGCCUAAAGCAGCUAUUAGAGAAAAAGAAUGAGCAGACGAUUCAGUGUUCGACAGAUAGCGAUCAAGAUCUAGAUAAGCUGAAGAUGAUAAUCAAGUGCUACACCACCAUAGAAGCAUCUUCAAACUCUACAGAUAUUGACAAGAUGACCAAUGGAGAAACUACUUCUUAUUGGCAAUCAGAUGGGAGUUCGUGUUCACACUGGAUCAGGUUGCGGUUAAAGCCUGAUGUUGUCCUGAAGCAUCUAUCAAUAGCAGUGUCAGCUAGUGAUCAAAGCUACAUGCCACAGCAGGUGACCGUAUCCUUGGGGAGGAAUCCCAGCAAUCUGCAGGAAAUCCGUGAUGUCCGUAUUCCCAGUAACAUGACUGGAUAUGUCACUCUGCUGGACAAUGCAAACGUCAACCACCCAAUUGUACAGAUAAAUAUUAAACGUUGCCAUGGUGAUGGCUGUGACACGAGGAUUCAUGGACUUAAAACAAUGGGAUACCAGGUUGUGAAGAAAUCUGGCGUAUCAGUAUCUGAUGCUUCUGCGAUUUGGUACUUGACCGUGCUAACAACGUUGGUGACUGCUUCCAUAGAAACAAACCCUGACCUUGCACAAAAUGUCCUUCGAAUAACGCAAAAAGCACUGCAACACAUGCCACCGCUGUCCCUCACUGCAGGAUCCACAGAGCUGCCAAGCUUCAUGUCAUCAAAUGUUCUAGAGAAAGUGGACAGUUUUCUCGUCAGGAUUGCGGGUUGCUGUGCCAGUCCUGAAGCAGAGUUGACUCUCCUAGCGUUUGCUUUGGCCAGAGGAAGCAUAGCCAAAGUGAUGACAUCGCUUUUGACCAUCAGUGACCACUUGGAGACAGAGUAUGAGGCAUCCCCACUCCUUACUGCCAUGGCAUCUGUACGACUAAACCAGCUUCAGAAAUAUGGAAAACCAUUGCAGUUGACAGUGGAGGCAUGUGAUGCCAAAGAAGGGAAAGAAAAGGGAUUUGGGCCAACUGCUGUGUUUUAUGAAUCGCUGCUGGGAGACGGAUUUCUGUCUGAGGCUGGCCAUACACGAGCCAGCUUCAUUUUGUCGUCAAGGACAAAAUUAUCCAUCCAGGUCUCUCAAGUUAGGAUCAAGGUGCACAAUGGAGCUAAAGGAGCCAAAUGUGGUUUAAUCUUUGCAUAUAAUGAUGAGUCGGAAACAUUUGAUGCCGAGAAACAUUUCCAGAGGUUUGAAAAAUACAAUAAGUGGAAGUUGCAAGAAUUCCGGCAGUUUGUGCGGGAAAGGCACAGUGGCCGUAGUACUGACCUGGAUGGGGAUAAACCUGUUGGCUGGUUUGAACUAGAGGAUGAAUGGAAUGAGACAGAAGUAAAAUUACAGACCUGCCGAAUCAGCAAGUAUCUGAUGGUGAAGUUUCUCUGUCCCCGCCAAGAGGAUGAGAACAAUGUGCGUAUUGGCAUCAAACAUCUAACUAUUCGUGGUUACUUGAGACCAUCCAAUCAAGAAUGUCUCUCUCUCUCUGAUACAGCAUCAAGCGGUCAUGUUACUGGGCAGACCCUUGUGUUGAAGACACUCUACUUUAUUCAGCAACUGGCCCAGGACGCAGCAGAAAUGAGAGAGCGGAGGGUAAAACAGAAACCUAACCUGGACUAUUCAGACCUUAACCUACAGCUCUUCUGGAACUUCUAUGAAAAGUUCAGACAAAAUCACGAUAUUGAGUGUCUCCAAGCACAAAGGAUUUUGUUACAGCUGCUUCAGAAUUGUUUGGUGUUACUGUCUGGACCUCAGCCUUCAAAAACCCAGGCCACAGCACAAUCUACUGCCGAGAGCAAGCCCCCUAUCGAUAGAGAAUCUGCUCGUGAUCUCUAUGUGUAUCUUUGUAAAGUAGUGGACGAUGCAGAAUAUGACACGGUUUCUGGGGUGAUGCUGAGGAAGGAGGCUGUAAAUACCAUCCUUAGUGGAGCAGCCAUCUUUUUUCCUGAUGUGCAGACCCGACGAGAUCAGCUGUUUAAAAUGAUGGAAACUGUCAUUGAACCAUCUCAACCUCAGUCUGCCACAAUUACGUUCCAGUCCCUGUGUCAUUACUUCAGCAAUCAAGAUCCAAGUGGGCUUCUUCAGUUGCCGCAGAAGGGCGUUCCUGCAGAUUUUGACAUUAAUUCAGUAAUGAUGGUCAUGGAUACUUUGCUGUUAGUUGCAACACGAGAGUGCAAGUUGAUGGUCACGAACAGCUUGUUUGGGAAGAAUGAAGCCGUUCUUGUCAAUCUACUCUGGGCAUUGCAGGGUCACCUCCUUUCCUGGUGUUACCUGCAACUGAAGGGGAACGAUGCCGUGUCUCUCCGUCAUACCAGAGAAAUCCUCCUCAACUAUGUAAAACGCCACAUUUCCAGUGCAUCCAAUGUUCUGGAUUUCAUGAUGUUGAAAUGCAGUGGUAAUCAGAUCAUGUCGAGUUUGAAGGACUCCUUUCUUGCGAUGGCAACUAGACAACUGGUUAUCUUUCUUUUGGAGCUUUCUAGUUUGGACAUUCCUCACUGUGCACUUCUACAGGCUUUUGCUCCACUGGCUAAAACAUUAAAGACCCUCUGUUGUGAAAUUGGUGAUGACUUUAUAAAGUUUGGUGGUGAGACCUUGGAGAAAUCAGAGGAGCCCGUGUUUCUCAGGAUGUGGAGCAUGGAGUCUACUCACAACUACGAAAACAACAGUCACGAGACAACGGUCUUUGUUUGUCCGGGUGCAACUUUUUUUGAAGUGGAGUUUGAUGAAAAAUGUGAAACAGAAAAAAGGUAUGAUUAUUUGGAAUUUACGGACUCUAGAGGAGUGAAAGUGCGCUACGAUGGAAAGGUUGGAACAGAGAAAUGGCCAAAGUCAGUGACAUUUAAAUCUGGCCCACGGCUGCAGUUUCUCUUUCACUCUGACAACUGCAACAAUGAAUGGGGAUACAAGUUCAUAGCUAAAGCAUAUGGCCUGCCAGAUGUGCGAGUGCCUUGGGUUGCAGAUCUACAGCUUCUGGUGUCACGACUGAUGGGUUGCCUUGCUUCCCGAGCACUGUCUUUCAAUUCAGCCUGCGGAUUACUUCCGGCUGUUGAGUUACGUGUGGAGAAGGUUGCAUCUGUUGUUGAGUGUCAUCUCUGGAAACCCAUCUUGAGACACGGAACAUGUCCAUGUCCAGAGGGAGCAUUAGACAGCACACCAUCACAAGAAAUGACCAAGAAUGAUGUUCAUAAGUUCCUGAUUCAGAUUGCUACCUGGGAUCCUUCUCAAGAGGAUUUCUCUGACACUCAGUCCGAUCUAAUUAAGAGACUUAUAAGCCUAUGCAAGAAACAGUUGGCAAAGUCGGAUGUAGUUGGUGGAUUUGGUCUUGGGUCAAAAGUUGAUCAAGCUGUGAACUCAGUCUUUGCUUCCAUGAUGUACCACUGCCCUGAUCUUCACAGUGCACUGAGAACUUAUGUUACAAGUGGAGGUACCACCGGCUUCAGUGAAGAGAUGGCUGAAGUGUAUGGACUAGCCGAAGGAAUGAAGACGUGGAUAAUGGAACGUAAGCAGAAAUAUCUUAUGAUGCUCAGUGAUAAAGAGGUACAAGACGACAGCAAGAUGAACCCAGAAAAUAUCAAUGAAAACUGGAUUGAAAAGAGCCUUUUGCUACUAAAAUUUUCACCUUUCCCAACAAAAAUCACUGGAUCCUCACCUGAUUUUAAGAGGAUUGAUACUUUGCAAGAACAGAAUGAGGUUUUGGCCACGGCCACCGAUCCACCAGCACAGCAUGUUACUGCCGAGUCCAUGGUAUCACAGGAUCUUGGUGUGCCAUCACAGAGCACAGCGGCAGAAAAACCAAUCCAGGAUACCACACCUCCAAGGGAAGAUCUUGAUAAUGCUGGUCCACUCCAAAGUGAGAGUCCGGCUUCUUCAGUGAGCACAACGCCCAGUGAGAACCUUGUAUCUCCUUAUGUUGAUCUUCCCUCCCCAUUCAGCUCAAAACCCAAGCCCGCUUUUGGUAAAGGUCGACUUCGGCUAAUUUCACUCAGGUCCAUGGAAGAAUUUAAAAUGGUCCCCAUCCAAGACAAAUAUCCAAUUCUGAAGAACAUCUUAGAUUUCAUGAAAGAUUCCAACAUAUCUUCUGAAAGUGUCUUACAGGUUUUGUCUAUGAGGAAGGCUCAGGUCAAGAGCAUCAUUAAUGUUCUGCAUGCAGUCACUGAAUGCCUGCAAUCACUGGGGCAACCUCAUCUCUUCCAGAUCUCCUGCAUUCUGUUUUUACAGGAAGUAUUAGCCUGCCAGAAGGAAUUGAUCAGCUAUCAUCAGCAAUUGGAGGGCUGUGGAAAGGAGCAAUGGAAUGAGCUCCGGCAGGCUUACUACAAUCUUGUGCUGCUACUGGUCAAUGCUGUCCGUCAGUUUAACUCUGACAAAGACUGGUCUCUUCUCCCAGCAUUAUCCUGUGUGCAGACUUGUCUACUUCACCUGCUUGAUAUGGGCUGGGAGGCCUUGGACAUGCCCUUCUUCGAUGAAAUCAAGCUGCCUGAUCUCUUACUGGCAAUGUCACAAGAAAAUAUCAGUAUCCAUGACAGUGCUAUACACCAAUGGAGUGAAGAGGAUGAGAUUGCAGAUUAUGAGUGUAACAAAGAGUGGAUGGAGGAAUGUCAGGAUGGAAUACAGCUUCGUGUGUGGUAUGAGAGAAUGUCUAAUGCAACUGCUGAGGAGAAAAGAAGGAUGCACAUGUUUGUUGCACGUUAUUGUGACUUAUUGAAUGUGGAGAUAUCUUGUGAUGGGUGUCAUAAAAUAGCCCCCUGGCAUCGCUAUCGGUGUCUUCAGUGUCCAGACAUGGAUCUCUGCAAAACAUGCUUUCUCGGUGGAGUAAUGCCUGAACAUCAUGAAGAUUAUCACAAAAUGGUGAACAUGGAGUACGCAUGUGAUCACUGCCAGGGAUUGAUCAUAGGCCGCAGGAUCAACUGUAAUGUAUGUGAUGACUUUGAUCUCUGCUAUGGAUGCUAUUCUGCGAAGAAAUAUCCUGACAGUCACUUGCCAACGCACAGCAUUACAGUGUUCCCCAUGGUGACGAUUCGGAUCAGUGACCGCCACCGGCUCAUACAGCCGUACAUCCACAACUAUACCUGGCUGCUGUUCAGCGCGCUGGCUCUCUACACAGCUGAUGUUGUAACAGAACUAAACCCUGCCGAAGAGGAGCUGGACUCGGAUGUGCGCAAACACGCUGAGGCCCUGGAGGCUCGCUGCACAGAGCUCAUCACUGAAUAUCUGCUCAAAGCACAUCAAGGGAAAAGUCUGAAGAAUUCUGCUGUGCUUACUUUGCUGUCCAACGUGUCAGCUGAGGAUGAGAAGGAUGUAGCUGGUACCUCAACAGACACUGCUGAACCAAUGCUUUCCACAACUGGACGUAGCACCAGUAAUGGGCAACAAGGCCAGCCUCGGUCAGCCAAUCUGGAUUCAACAAAUCAAUCCACUCCUGAUGUUCAGAAAGCAAUUUUGUCUGAUACACAUUCAGGAGACGGGGAGGAAGCUGUUCAGUCCAGUCAGAAGAAAAUUCCAAAGAAGUUAAAAUCAAGUGAAAGUGAUGCCACUUUGGCAAGUAUUGACAGCAUUGAGUGGGAGAGCGUGCAGGUGCUACAGGUAUCUGGAUCUGGAGCAACUACUUUGAACUUUGAGAGCAGUAAGGACAAUAUGAUCUCUGACUCAAAUUCAUCAAAUCGCAUGUCUUUAUCCACUACUGACUCCUCAGCAGUUUUAUCACCCAGUCAGUUAAGUUUCAUGGCAACAGAUACUGCCUCAGAAGAUGCAGUUAAACAUAGCAGUUCCAUUGUUGAUGCUUCUUCCACACAGCAGUCUUCCUCUGACCUUUCCACUAAGACACCCAAGACUGAACAGCAACUCAGUGCCUCCCAGUCUGAGCACAGUCCAUUGUUGUCGGUGAUGUCCACUGCAUCAGAGGAAGAACAGCAUUCUUUUGUGUCCAGCGUUGCAUCUGACAUGGUCGCAAAGCUAUCGCCUCCCGAUGCAGCAGAGUCAGUGGCCACUGUAUCAGCAACGCAGCUCCCUGACUCGAGUGCAGCUGAACAACAAAUGUCUACAUCAGCGGUGGAGGUAGUUAAAGCAGGGCCAGAGCCUGCUGUGGAUGCAGAUCACACAUGUGGAUUAAAAACCUCUUUCAAGCGACACACUGCUGCCAAAGAGCCCAUGCACAGCCAAGACCAGGUUUUUGCUGAAUGCUCACAGGAGAGAAUUCUGGGACUGCUGGCUGCAAUGCUGCCUCCUGUAAAAACUGAUUCAACUAUGUGCCUACCAAAUUUGAGGCAAGUACUGAAGCUGCUGUUUCGGGUGGCAAUGCAAAACCCUGGGCAACUAAUUGAGACCUAUCACUUGACGCUGGGGUUACUUGGUCAGCUGCUAUUGAGAAUCUCCCCAGCAGAAGCUGACGCAGCAGUAAAGGAUGUCCUUUUUGCAUCGUGGACGUUACUUAGCACAGCAGAAGGCAAGCUGAAGCACCCAGGAUGGAUGACUACGCAGGUUUUGUUUAGUCUCGGAGCAGUGUGCUUGGACUGCUCAGUGAGAGACUACAGGUUGGCACGGGUUUGUAAGCCUGAAUAUACGGCGGCUCAACCUCAACUCAUCCAGUUCCUACAGCACUUUAUGUUAAUCUACAGCCACCUACUGCAGAUCAAUAUAGACAGCAGCUUCCCAGAUGCAGUGGAGGCUACCUGGCUCCAAUCACUUGCACUGAAGGGUCUCUACAAAACACUGCAGAAACAUAGUGUUGAAGACAUCCAUCCGAUCAUUCUCCGAUCUGGUUUGAUCAAACUGCUGGAGAAGAAAUGCACCAAGGGGACAGGGUUUAGUAAGCUGUGGCUGCUUUGUGACCUGGAGACCCUGUCGAUUAUGAUGUAUUCAUCAAAGAAGGAGGUCAGUCUUGCUGCUGAAGGGGCAGACUGUGAGACAGAGGAGAAGGAGCAGGUUUCAGAUCAUGAACCUAAAGGCAGUGGCUCAGUGUUUGACCUUGAUGAAACCAAGUCUGAUCCCUUGGAAGGUCUUGAUGAAGCCACAAAAAUCUUUUUCCAGAUAACUCACGAUGCUCUAAAUGCACCUUUGCACAUCCUGCGAGCUAUGUAUGAACUUCAACUGCGAAAAACAGACUCCUUUUUCCUCGAAGUUCAGAAGAGGUUUGACGGGCACGUGAUUACGACCGAUGAGGCAAUCCAGUCCAUGUCUUUGAAGUGGCAGCCAAGCAAAGCCUCACGUACAGAAGAUCACAGCACGAAAGCUGUCGACACUGACAUGAUGGUUAUACCAUGUGUGCACAAGAUCAUGGGAAAGCUCUGCACACUGUCCAAGCCUUUGCGUUGUGAGAAGGCAACAGAGGAAGCCAACCCUGUGACCCAGAAACUCAUAACCAACACAGAAAGUGACCUGCAACUCAGUUUUGCCAAACAACGACGGACUAAAAGCUCCAUGCUGUUGCACAAAGAGCUCGACAUGAGAAGCAAGAGGACAGCUCGGGACUACCUAUACAAAGUCAAUGAAGCCAUCUCCAUACUAUACGCCAGGCACGUGCUUGCUUCUCUGUUAGCUGACUGGCCAAGUGGAGUGCCAAUCACUGAGGAGGUGCUGGGCCUCAGCUGCCCGUCGCACAUGGCCUACAUACUUGACUUGCUUAUGCAGCUGGAGGAAAAACAGCUAUGGGAAAAGAUUCUGCAGAAAGUGCUGCUUGGUUGCAGUGUGAACAUGCUGAGGUCUCUGGCAGUGACGGCCUGUCAGUUUAUGGAAGAGCCAGGAAUGGAUGUCCAAGUCAGGGAGUCCAAGCAUCCCUAUGACAACAACUCUACAAUUGAGGACAAAGUUCACAUCCCUGGUGCUAUAUACCUGUCUGUGAAGUUUGAUCCACGAUGUGUGUCUGAGGAUGGCUGCGAUGAGUUGCUGAUGUCCAGCAGCAGUGACUACAAACAAGAUCGGCAUAUGUUCAGUGGAUCAUCACACAAGUGGAUUGACUUUGACAUUCCAGGUGAUACACUGUAUUACAGGUUUACGUCAGACCUAGACACCAAUGAUUGGGGUUAUAAAUUCACAGUGACAGGAGGCCACCGUGGGCGGUUCCUGACUGGGUUUGAGAUACUCAAGCAAAUGCUAUCAGAGGAGAGGAUUCUCCCACACCUUCCACUUGCUGAAAUCUGGGAGUGGCAAGUGGGUGUGGCCUGUCAGCAAAUGGGACAUCAACGCCUAAAGGCGGUUCAUCUGCUUUUGAAGAUUUUACAGUGCAGCUGUCACAGGUAUGGCAGUACCCUGAUGCAGGGAGUUCAGUUCCGAUCUGUGUGCUCAUGUUGUGUAUUAAGUUUGCUGAGCUGCUGUCAACACUUCCCCUAG